UUUAUGUUCAUGGUUUUCUUGCAAACUUCGUAUGCUGUGAAAAAUUUAGUUGUUAAAUCUGCCUUAAACAAAGGCUUGAAUCAUUACAUUUUUGCUGUUUACCGAAAUGCCAUUGCGGCUCUCUUCUUUGGUCCUUUAGCUUUCUUCCUAGAAAGGAAAGUUCGGCCAAAGAUGACGAUUUCCAUCUUCCUUAAGAUUAUGCUGCUGGGAUUACUAGAGCCAGUGUUAGACCAGAACUUGUUCAUUGCUGGAAUGAAAUUUACAACGGCAACUUUUGCGACGGCUAUGUACAACAUUGUUCCAGCCAUUACCUUUGUUAUGGCUUGGAUCUUUAGACUUGAGAUAGUGAAGUUAAAGAGCUUACAUAGCCAAGGGAAGAUCAUAGGGACAUUAGUGACAAUUGGAGGAGCCAUGAUAAUGACACUAAUAAGAGGCCCUGCAAUUCAAUUUCCAUGGACAAAUCAACAUAAUCUUCAUCAUCAAACUUCUGUUAACAGUGUCAGUACUCAUGAUCAGAUUAAAGGAUCUCUCAUGAUCACCUCCGGUUGCUUUUCUUGGGCUGGUUUUGUCAUCGUCCAAGCAAUUGCAUUGAAGUCGUACCCGGCUGAGCUAUCUCUCACAACCCUCGUGUGUAUGAUUGGCGCAUUGGAAGGGUCUAUACUUGCAGUUGUGGCCGAGGGGGCCAAUGCCUCAAUCUGGUCAAUUGACUGGGAUGUCAAAUUAUUUGCGGCAAUUUACAGUGGCAUUAUCUGUUCUGGCAGCGCAUAUUACAUUUCUGGAGUGGUAAUGCAGGAGAGAGGACCAGUUUUUGUGACUGCGUUCAACCCUCUUGGGAUGGUUAUUAUUGCCAUUUUAGGAUCUUCCAUUUUAGCUGAGAAACUAAACAUGGGAAGUGUUCUUGGAGCGGUAGUUAUAGUUAUUGGCUUAUAUCUGGUCCUAUGGGGCAAGAGCAAGGAUACAAACCAACAAGAUCAAGAAUUGUCAAUAAAUCAACAAGACUAUGAUGGCAUAAAGGCAUUGACGUUAAAACACAAUGUCGUUGAAUCUUGUGAAAAAACGUCUAGUGGUCUUGAAUUUGUUUAAGGAAUCAUCAUGCUGUAUAUAUGUGUUUAUGUUGUUUACCGAUCACCUUUUAUAUAGAGAGAGAAUGAAGACAAAAUCACCAUGACUAUUGAGAUGGGUUACCGUUGGAAGUUGCUCGUGGGUUUACCGAGUCCAUAAACAAGUCCAGCCUUUUGUUUUGUUAAGUUUAAUAUUCCACUUUAAUAAAUUUGUUAGCUGAACUGUUUCAUUUAGUCUCCUGUUUUCGAUGAG